AUGUCGGAAGACCCCUAUGCCAGUGUCAUUCCAAGGAAGUUAAAGAUCGCCAAAUCCUCCGAAUCAACAUCAUCAAAGCCAGCCAAUAUGGAUCAAGCAGUGCCAAAGCAGUUCGUGCAAACACAGGCAGAAGAAAUCUUCCAUCGACAAAGGCUGGAACGCCUUGCGGCGCAAAAGGAAAAACAGCCCCAAAAGACAUACAAGGAAGCCAUAAAGGCAUUCAAUCAACGGCUAGAACAAACAUCGGAGCAUUACGACAUUCCAAAAGUUGGUCCUGGAUAA